AUGAAUCGAGAUGAUAUUGUUUUGAAAGAAGAAACAUCCCUUUAUGCGACUAAAGUAAUGGAGGCAAGAGCUCUUGAACCAGAAGAGACGACGACUUACGUGGAUGAAGGAAGUUCAACGACGAUUCCAACAACACCAGCACCCUUACCACACUUAUUCUCAGUUAAAAUUCCACGGCUAUAUGCCUGCAUGUCAAGCCCCGAACAGAUUCGAUAUCUCGUCUACUUUGCGGCGGAACACGGGAAUUUGAAGAAACUUGAGUAUUUUUGCGAGGGAAUCGACUCGGCGGCCCUCAAGGAAGUCCUCAAAACGUCGCUGGAAGACAAAUCGGCCUUAGUUGUGGCCGCAAGGGAGGGCCAUUUAGAUGUCGUCAAAUUUUUGGUCAAUUUGGGUGCCGAUGUCCUAGCAUGUGGAACAGUGGAGUUUGAUGGCGAAACAAUCUUUGGUGCUCCCCCAAUAUGGGCUGCGGCUGCUGCUGGCUUUUUGGAUGUUGUUCGCUAUUUGGUCGAGGAAGCUGGUGCGGAUUUGAAUCAAACGACUCGAACAAACAGUACACCGCUACGUGGAGCUUGUUAUGAUGGGCACUUGGAAAUAGUAAAAUACUUGGUCGAACACGGAGCGGACAUUGAAUGCGCUAAUAGACAUGGCCACACACCAUUGAUGAUUGCGGCUUAUCGACAGAAGCAAGAAGUUGUUGAAUACUUACUGGCAAAAGGUGCGAAUCCACGAGAGGCUAGCCGAAAAGGAAAUACAGCGCUCCAUGAUGCCGUAGAAGCUAACAACGUUAGCAUAUGUGAAGUUCUUUUAGAGGCUGGAGCGAUUUUGGCAGAAGACGAGUAUGGAGUGUGCCCUUUAAUGAGUGCAGCAAUGUUGGGAUUCACAGAGGUUGUUGAACUUCUCUUAAAUCAACCUAUUUCUCUACGCAAGAAAAGAGAUGUAUUAAAAAUUAUGGGUGCUACUUUUGUUGAUCGGAGAAACGACUACCAGGGUGGUAUUGAGUACUGGUUUCGUGCACUUUCUUUGGAUUUGGGCGAGGAAAAUGCAGAAGAGGUUGAAGCUGCCGAAUUACGCUCGAAAGAUGUGCCGAAAAUUUACGGAAGCUGCGAAUUGGAGACGUUAGACGACUUCAACAAUUUUGUCGAUGAAAGGGAUCCGCACACAAUUCGAAUGCAGGCACUCGUGAUGCGGGAACGAAUUCUCGGUGGAUCGCAUCCAGAAGUUCACUAUUACUUAAAAUAUCGCGGCGCCCUUUACAGCGACAUCGGUAUGAAUGGACGGUGUUUUUCUUUGUGGAUGCAUGCCUUGGAGUUGCAACAAAAAUAUAACUCACCUCUUCAUCAGCAAACAAUGCAAACGUUUCUUAGCUUUCAAGAGACCUUUGCAAUGAUUUUGACUGAGCCAAUCGUUGACAAUUUUCCUAAUCCACCUUUACUGGUAACGAGAGAGCAAGUGGAAACGGUAUUUGAUAAAGCCGCUCAUGAGCUCCAAAAGCUGGUUGAUUGGGGAAGUCGUCCACUUUUUGAAGAAUGUAAUGGUGAGGAUCACGAGCAUAAUAUCGAUGAAGAGAAGGAGAAUCUGAUUCUUUUGCUUCUGAGGCUUUUGUACCUGAGUAGUUUGGCCGAGCUUUCACCGCGGGAUCUUCAAAAUAUUAUUGAGCACCAGCCAUAUGACAAAACGUUGACGUCUUUGGUCGAUUUAGCGAGGCCACGCGUGGAUUUGAAAAGGUUUCUUUCGCUAUCCCGUGAAGUGAAUUUGAGACCACUGCAUGUCGCUUGCGGCAACAGUGAACCAAUUCCAAAUAUUAUUGGGUGCGCAGCAUUAUUGUCUUUUCCGAACAUGUACGUGGUGGAAUCUUUGGUGCGUGCCGGAGCGCCGUUAGACGAAAUGGAUGAACAAGGGCAAACCCCUUUGCAUUGUUUGUUGGCCAGCGAUGAGCAUUCGAUUGUGACAGCUCCCUUCGUCCGGUAUUUGCUCAAAGAGGGCGCCCCGAUUCAUGCCAGGAAUGCCAAUGACGAGACCUGCCUUGAACUUAUCGUCAAGAAAACAAGUCGGAUAUCGAAAAUUGGUAUAGCCAGUCAUUCUACUCUGUUUGGUGCUGCAGCGAACGCAAUCAGAAGAGCCAAAAUGCCAUAUGAAGCGCUCAUCCCGACGCACUUGCUUGAAAUGAUGAAACUCUAU